AUGGCAAAUCCAGCAGCUGACGGCGCGGCGCGCGGUCUGCAGCGACGUUUCAAAGGAUGCUGCAAGAUCGGCGAGUACGAGAUGAUGCAAAAACUCGGAGAAGGAACUUUUGGCGAAGUACACAAGGCGCGCCAUCGCAUUACGGGCAGCAUCUUCGCGAUGAAGAAGAUUCUGAUGCACAACGAGAAGGACGGCUUUCCCAUCACCGCGCUUCGUGAGAUCAAGCUGCUGAAGAUGCUUUCGCACGACAACGUCCUCAAGCUGGAAGAGAUGGCGGUCGAGAGACCAAAGGCCGAGGGCAGGAAGCGUGCGAUUCUCUACAUGGUCACUCCCUACAUGGAUCACGAUCUCUCUGGUCUCCUCGACAACCCAGACGUUCGGUUUCAAGAAGCGCAGAUCAAGUGCUAUAUGCUGCAACUCUUCAAAGGAUUACGCUAUCUCCACGACAACCACAUCUUACACCGAGACAUGAAAGCCGCUAAUCUUCUCAUCAAUAAUCGCGGACGAUUGCAAAUAGCCGAUUUUGGUCUGGCCCGACACUACGACGAACCGGUGCCUCAGCGCGGGAGAGGCAACGGCGAAGCGAAGCGAGAAUACACAAGCUUAGUGGUAACUAGAUGGUACCGGCCGCCCGAGUUGCUACUGCAGCUGAGGAGGUACACACCUGCGAUUGACAUGUGGGGCGCAGGCUGCGUUUUUGGAGAAAUGUUCAAGCGCAAGCCCAUUCUUGCGGGCCAGAGCGACAUUCACCAGGCGCAGAUCAUAUUCGAGCUUGUUGGCUCUCCCAACGAUGAAACCAUGCCCGGAUGGGAUCAGCUGCCGGGAGCCGAGUCCAUUCGUGCGUUUCCGCAGAGCAGUGGUACCCUCGCAGCAAGGUUCCGUGAGCUUUCCCCCGUGGGUCUGUCCCUCCUGAAGGAUCUUAUGCGACUGGACUGGCGGAAACGGAUCAACGCCAUGGAUGCGAUUGACCACCCGUAUUUCAAGGAGCAACCCCUCCCAAUGCGCGAAGAGGACAUUCCACAUUUCGCAGACUCCCACGAACUGGACCGUCGAAACGCACGCGGUCAAAAACAAGCUUUGCCACCUGCGCCACAAGGUGGUACAGUGGGUGGAGGUCCCAACGAUAUGGCCCUCAAGACAGAGGCCCGCCAGGGUGCUGAACGAGGACCAAGAGGCUAUGAUAGACGGCCAGUACCCUAUGAUCACAGACCUCCACCACCUCCGCCGGGAGAGCGAAGACCCAAUUGGGGCAAUGGCACAGACACACGACACAGCAAUCUGCCAGGACCACCGCCCGAUGGUCGACAUCCACUUCCACCGGUCCCACGCUAUGGACCAGGGGAUGAUCGACGUAGACCACCAGUAGCUGGCGGCGACACAUAUAUCCCCAGCUACGGUGGUGAGGGGCCACGACGAUCACGUGAGCCAGAUGACCGACAGCGCCAUGGAUCUCGCGACUCUGGCAACUCAAGAGAAGGCUAUACAGACGAUCGUCCAGAGAGAAGUCGAGCUUACCGAGACCGAGAGCGUGAUCGUGAAAGGGUGGGGGAAGGCAGGAAUUUUGGUAAAGAGAGGAGAGAUGGCAGGACUCGAUCGAGAAGUCCGGAGAGACGCGAUCGGAAUCGCGACAACAACGACAUUUACCGCAGACGAUGA